GAAGCAAGUACACCACCGAGAUGCCUUUGAAAGUUACUGGACAGCAAUCCAAAGCUCUCUACCCGUGGAACGCAACAUGGCAUUUCCUUGCAUUAUUCUUUUCUGAAUGGAAUCCUGUCUGGACGCUUAUUGAGGCCGAAAGAAAACUAUGAAUUUUUUUGGAAAAUGUUGAGAAAGCUUGAGCCAGAAGGAGAAACAAAAGUUUUUCUGGCUAUCCAUAUGUUAUCGGAGAUCUUCGAAAGUCUGUUAUAUUAUUGUAUUGAAGCUAUCUGAGAGGAGGAAAAGAAAGUAAAAUAAAUCAAGAAAUUCUGUGAUGAACAUGUUCUUCUCUAAAACGCUUUCGCGGAGAAAUAAGACCGGGAGUGAGCCUGUUUAUCUCAAUGUUUAUGACCUCACACCCAUGAAUGGAUAUAUUUAUUGGUUUGGUCUUGGAAUAUACCAUUCUGGUGUACAAGUUCAUGGAAUGGAGUACUCAUUCGGAGCACAUGACUAUCCUACCAGUGGUGUGUUUGAGGUGGAGCCUAGAACUUGCCCAGGCUAUACAUUCCGGAAGUCCAUAUGCAUUGGAAAAACAGAUCUUACUUGUACAGCACUAAGAGAAUUCAUGGAGAAACUUGCUGGGGAUUACAAUGGGAGUACUUACAACCUUAUUGGAAAGAACUGUAAUCACUUCUGCAAUGAUGUUUGUGUGAGAUUGACUGGAAACCCUAUUCCACGCUGGGUGAAUCGACUUGCAAGAAUAGGGUUGCUUUGCAACUGUGUACUUCCCGUAGGUCUUCAUGUUGCUGCUGUCCAACACAAUCCAGACUGUCAAUCUAAAGGUGAUGAGAAAGCGGAGUUAGGUACAUCAUAUAGUAGAUUUUCAAGUUCCUUUUCGACACCAAAAGUGAGACAAAAGUCUCUUUCAGUCCCAUCCGUGUUAAUUAGUUCAACGUUGAAAGGUGGGGUGCUUCCUUGGGAGUUGAAGGCAAAUUGCAGGUAGGGAAAUCUAUGGAUAUAUAUUACUGUUGGGCUUGAGCAGACAGCUGCAUUGAAGUAUAGGAUUUGGACGGUAAAAUAGCAGUGACAUCGAAGAAGAAUGGUUGUUUUUAUCAGUCGAUCAGGAAACAGAAUCUAAGCUUCCGGUUCCUAACCAAUCUUGGAAAGAGGCAUUGCACCAUGUGAUGCCCUAGUUAAUUAGGUAAUUGAAUAACCAUCUCCUGGCUCAUUUCCCUUUUAAGUUUUUUCCAAUGCUGGGGAAAUCUAUGAGGUAACUCAUUAAUUACCUUCUUUGUAGGAUAUUGCCUUAUGGUUGACUAAGAGUUAAUCCCAUUUUGAGGGUUGAGGUUCAAAUGCUUUGCUUACUUAAGCAAUGUUAAAAGGCCUUGUCGCCAGUGGCAUAUUAUAUGUAUUAUGUGUAAUAUUAUAAAUGUAUUGAAAAACAUUUCGGUUUGGUUCA